AUGGCGUGCGUGAACUCGUGCGAGUCGUGCGAGAUCAUCGCCGUCGGCGCCGUGGUCACGGUGAGAGAGAGGCAAGGCACUGGCAGUGGCGGCGUCGGCGUAGCACUUGGCGGCGCCCUGUGAAAGUCAAAUUGUGUGUGUGCUCGAACGCAAAUUGCACGCCGCGCGCGUGGCCGCGUGAUUUUGGCCGGCGCAGGUCCGCGCUGUCAACCACGAUGGGACGCUUUGCGUCAAGUACACGCUCGGCGGCACAGCACGCGCAGUCGCGAGCGCUGACUGCAGGCCCGGGAACCACGCGGGCGAGCACUAUGAGAAUAAGCUGACCAAGUGGCGCAAGCGCGUCGACGGCUUCUUUGGUUGUGACGAGAAGGAGGAGGACGGGGCCUUCGCGGCGCGGGUUGCUGUGCUCCGGUUGGACGACCUCAUCGACAAGAAGAGCCCCGAGCAGGUAGAGAGCCAGUGCAGAAAUGUUCAUGGUACGUUCAAACUGGAGUGGGACCGACAGGACAUAAUCAAUCGACUCGCUCUCAAUCUCAAAGAGGAGCCACGGCUUGUGACCGGCAUAACUUCAGGUGGAGUACGUACUCGACAAGAUGCUCCACGUGCCGCGGCCACCGGUCCAGGUCGCUUUCCUCCAGGGUGCGAUUCCGCUUCAGGCCGGCGCCUGCUUCGACAAGCUAAUUGACUUGCUUCAGGGGCCCACCGGCGGCGGUGACGGUGGCGGUCUGGCCAUCGCGACCACGUGCCAAGGCCGCGGCUGCGCAAAGAAAAAGGAGGCCGCCGCCUGGCGGACAACGGGAUCGUCGUGGCUUGGUCGGCGCAUCAUCCUAGAGCCCGCGUGCAUCGGCGCCAAAUUCUUGCAUCCUUGCGGGGCGCUUUCGAAGUGCAACCCUCCGUCGAAAAAGGUGCCGAAGAAAAUCAUUUGAUGGUACGCUCAGGCGGACGGCGAAAUUCCGUCCAUGGCAACGGUCGACGGCUACCGGCCGCCCGCUGAGACACGUUUGCGCAUCGAGCAGCAUGGACCCUACGUGCCAGACCGUGCGGACAUCAAAGAUACCUUCAAAUUUCUUUGAUAGGAGUCGCACCAAUCGUCGAGCAUGUUGCCACUGCUCUCUCUCUCUCUCAGUCCCAAAAGAAGAGAAUUGCGAAGACCUCGAGUUAAACUUAUCUGAUCAGUCAAUAUCUGGGCAGGUGCCUCUCUUCCGCGCGCGCUUCGACGAUGCGGCGUUUGACGCGCGCACGGACCUGUACGAGGCAGACGUCGAGCACGCGGCGGCGGAGGCGCUCGCUGUCGAGGGCCUCACGUCAACCGCCGAGGCUGGAAAAAACGCGCUGGCGCCCAAGCGCGCAGCAGCGCGCAUCUGGUCUAUCAAUCUAGGCGAGCUGAUCUUCGCGCCGGCAGAGUUGGGGCGGCUCUGCGAAUGCUUUGCGAACGCACGCUGCGGCGUGACGCAUAUCUUUCUGGAGUGCAACAACCUUAGUUGCGUACCCUAUGACCCAGGAGGACUGGGAAAUGAUUGCGUGCGCGAGCUGGCGCGCGCUGUUGCGGCGCGGAGGAGGGCAGACCGCUUGGAUCUGCGGGGGGCGUGGAAGAAUUUGAUUCGUGAUUUGGUCAGAACAAACCGCGCGAAGCACGACCUGUACCUUUUCUGUGAUGGUGACACAGACUAGAACACUGUGGUGCGGCAGGCUGUCAAGAACUGGUUCAACCCCACUGGCCACUCUGUGAACAAGGUCUGGCUCGCACGGCAGAAGGGUGGCGGCGGCGCUGAUACCGAUGGGGCACUUAUGAAGGCUGUCGCGACGCGGCACCGCCGCACGGAUGAAAAACGGGCAUUACCAGGCGACCGCGUCCGCGUCCUCUGCGAUGACGGUGCUUGGGCGCGCGGCGUCGUGGCGCUUGCCACGGCUGACGGCAGCGACGCGACGCCCCUCAGAGUGGCGUUGGAUGCGUCGGCAACCACGAUGCUGCCGGCCCAGCUCGACGCCGCGACGUUUGGCGUGGCCUGGCGCUGGGACGACGUGCCCGAGUGCGGUGACGUGCUUGAAUACGAUCUCACGCACCAGCCAGGCGUAGCAGCCGCGGGCCACCACGUGCCGGCGCACCUCGUCGCACGUGACGGCCUCCGGCGCUGUGUCGUCGUCGGCGCACGCUACGGCGACACCGGCGAGUGGCGGACCUGCAGUUUUGUGGAUGCGGGCGGCGCGUGCCGCGCACAGCAUCGCGUAUUGCGGCUGCCGCCGAUCGACACACAUGGCCUUACGCGGCCCGUCUGGCGCUUCCAGCACGCAGCGGGUACGACAGGUGCGGCAGUGGUGGCGGCCUACGUCCGCGGCCGGGGUCGCGGCACUGCCUCGGCGGCCACGGCGCCGGCGGCCGUUGCGGGUUUGCGGGUCGUCUGCCGCAUCAACGGCAUCAACCGCACGGGUGUCGUCGAACACGUCGGCGCCACACGCCGUAGGUAUGCACUCGAGGAGGCGGCAGCACCGCCUUGGGAGCUAGCGCCGGCGCCGAAGAAGGCACGGGCGUACAAGCAGCGCGGACCGUGCGACGCGCGUAUAGGCGCGUGGAUCGAGGUCUACUGGGCUGGCGAUGACGAUUGGUACCUAGGCCGCAUCGCUGGCCAGCGGACGGUAGCCAGCGGUGGCGUCGAGUUCCAGGUCGCGUACGCCGACGGUGAGACGAUCUAUCAUGCGCUCCAAAACAAGCCGUUCGCGGGCGACAGCACGCCGCCGGCUGGGGCCAACGGCGACCCCGAGCAGUUCCGUUUUGCUGCCGCGCCGCCACCGUCGCCGUCGUCGCCGCCACGCGCACCACACGUGCACGCAACGCCGACAGACCCGACGCGGCUCAAAAAAGGCGACGUCAUCGACGUCUUGCUUGCCGGCGCGGCGACGGCCACGCGCGUGAGGGUCGAGAGCAGCUACGUUGUCAAGGAUGACGGCAACUGGAGAGCCGACAAUGGCGAUGCUGCGCCGCCUCGGCAUGCACGCGAUCCGACCGCUGCGCCAGCACUGUUACCGGCCGCUGCUGGGCGCCGCGAGCGCCGCAAGCCCAAGAAGUUCGCCGCUGACCUCUCGUCGACAGAAUAUUCGCGCGCACUCCGACUCGCGGCCGAGAAACGUGCUUCCGCAGCGCGCGCCGCGAUGCGUCACGACCUUUUGCUUGCCGACGGCCGCAAAAUAGUAAAAUGUCGCCUCGCACGCGUCGUCUGCGGCGAAGACACAAGCGGCGCAUCGUGGACAUUCGUCAGACACAUGAGCAAACCCGCGAAGGCAUUGAAACGGAAGCAGGCACCGGCCAAGAGACUGGCACAGGCCAAGAAGCCGGCGGCUGAGACCAAGCCGGCACCGCAUGCACCUGCAGCGCCACUGCCGCUGCAAACCGGCGACCGGCCGCGCCGCGCUGCACUGCGCACUAAGCGGCCAACCGACGAUUUGUCGUCGACUGAGCUUACGUGUCUUCUGCGUAAGGAUGCGCGCACGAAGGCUGACACCUGCGACGUCCUGCUUGACCCGGCACACGGCCUCAAAGAGCGCAGCGUCCAGCUGCGACUCGGUCCGAAGGCCUUCCGCGACGGUUUGUGGCAGCCCGAGACAUCCGUUGGAGCCGCCGCCGGUGGCAAGGCGCCGUUCGUGAUGCAAACCGAGUCGUGGGAGGCUGCUGCCGAGGCGCGCAAGGGCAGCGCUGUGGCGACACGCGGGCGGCUCCUGGCCAAGUACAAGGGCAUCGUCUUCCGCCACAUAGACGCCACGCACGACGAAGUCCGCGUCGUCGAUGACAUCGUCAGCUCGCGCGACAACGACCGCUGGGAGGUCUCAACGAAGCUUGUCGGCGGCAACGGCGACGACGUCCCUGUGCCCUACGGCAUUGGCCCGCUCAUCGCCCUGGGCAUGGUGGCCGCGGCGCCUACCUACCUGCAGACACGCGACAUCGUCCUCGAGAUAUCCAAGAAGUGA